AUGGUCGUCGCAACGAUAAAGUGUGUUGUGGUUGGCGAUGGUGCUGUAGGAAAAACUUGCCUGCUCAUUUCAUACACAACCAAUAAAUUCCCCUCGGAAUACGUCCCCACUGUCUUUGAUAACUAUGCCGUCACUGUUAUGAUCGGUGACGAGCCAUAUACUCUGGGACUCUUUGAUACUGCAGGACAGGAAGAUUACGAUCGUCUGCGACCUUUGUCCUAUCCUCAGACAGACGUAUUCCUGGUCUGCUUCUCUGUCACAUCUCCUGCCUCUUUCGAAAACGUCCGAGAAAAGUGGUUCCCAGAAGUACACCAUCACUGUCCUGGUGUACCAUGCCUCAUAGUAGGCACUCAAACAGAUUUACGAGAUGACCCUCAGGUCAGAGAGAAACUGUCAAGACAGAAGAUGUCCCCUGUAAAAAAAGAAGACGGUGAAAGAAUGGCCAAAGAGCUUGGUGCAGUCAAAUACGUGGAAUGCAGUGCGUUAACGCAGUACAAGCUAAAGGACGUGUUCGAUGAAGCCAUCGUUGCUGCCUUGGAACCACCUGUACAGAAGAAGAAACAAAAGUGUCGAAUACUUUGA